CCAGUUACCCAGAAUGUAUCUUGGGGCAUUAUUAUUUCAACACGUUCUUUGGUAUUACAACGUGUGGCAAGAGUACAUGCUGGAUUGUAUGCAUGUUCAGCAGCAAAUGAUCGUGGCGAAACAACAAGUGCCAUGGUGAAUCUAAGAAUAAGAUAUGCUCCUGUAUGUAGCACGAAUGCCGUGAUUGUCAUUGGUGCUUCACUAGAAGAGGCUGUACCCAUACCCUGUCGCGUUAAUUCAGACCCACCAGAAAUUGACUUUGAAUGGACUUUUUCAAGUAGUGGUGAACAUUUUGAAGUACCUUCUGGACAUUAUGCUACAAUACAAGAGGCUACUACAACCGGUGAUAUACAUCGUACCAUUGUUGAGUCGAACGACACUCAUUUUGAAACUUAUGUAGAGACUGUUAGUGAAUUGAUUUAUACACCAAAAGGCGAACGAGAUUAUGGUACAUUGGCUUGUUGGGGUAGAAAUUCAAUUGGCAAACAAUCAGAACCAUGUUUAUUUCAAGUUGUACCAGCUGCAAAACCUGGAGCUUUGCGUAACUGUACACUAAGGCCAUAUGUAGUGACCUCAGCAUCGUUAAAUUCAUCGAAUCAAACAACAAUGCAUGCCAAUCAAAUGAUGAUGCCAACACAAUAUGGAAGGCACGAAACAAAUUUCCCGCAUAUGGAAUAUGUACGUGAGAGGAAUAAUGAAAAGAAACAGCAACAACAACCAAAUCGAAACGGUAGUAACAAUAGUAAACAUGUGAUCAACAACAAUAAUAGUAAUAGUAGUAACAACAAAAAUCAUAACAAAAUUUACAAUGAUGGUAUUAAAGGGACAAACAAAAAAUCGAAUAAUAAUAAUGGUAGUGGCAAUGGUGCUGGUUCUGCUGUUGCCAGUAAUAAUAAACGAACUAACAACAAUAUUAAUCAACAGCAUAAUAUACAAAAACAGCAACAUGAACAACAAAAUUAUAAGCAACAAAUGAUUGUGCAAAAAUAUCGCAUUCCCUUAAAUCCGCAACAACUGCAAAGACUAAAAAAACGUACUUCUUUUACACCCUCCCAAACAUUGGCUAUCAUUAAACGGCAGCAGUUGGAUAAGAAAAAACAACAACAACAACAGCAACAAAAACAACAGAAAUCUAAAAAUGCUAACAACCACGAGCAAGACGAAACUUCAGUUGCAGAUGAUGAUGGUGAUGGCAACAAUCAUAGUAACAACAAUAAUAGAAAUAACAACAGCAAUAAUAAUAGUAUAAAAAUGAUGGGGCCACAGGCAACCGUAUCAAAAGCAUUUAUCAAUAAUCAAAGUGAUGGAUUGUCAGUGCCAACAACAAGCAACUUAAAAAUGAACAUAAAUACAGUAGUAACAGCAACGAAAGGAGGGACAUCAGCAACAGCAACGGUAUCAGCAAUGACAGCAAAGAAAAAAGUACGUACAAAACGUAGUGCCAAAGAUAAAAACCACAUCAAUAGCAAAACGGUAUCUGCAACCACACCAGUAUCUAAGAACGAUAAUGACAAUGAGUAUGAUGACGCUGCAAGAAGUUCAAUAACAACUAAGGAGAAAGAUCACAAAUACCGCCAGUCACAGCAGAACCAGGAAAUGAAAAUGAGUAAAAAACAUUAUCCCCAACAUCAAGGACAAACCCAAAAACUUUCAAAGAGUAAAAAGGAAAAAUCUAAUUUAUCAUUGCGUUUAGAGAAGACAAACAAAAAACUAACUGCCGUUGUUAAUGCAAUAUCAGCCACCACAAAAAAGGUAUCAUCAACUAGCAGCAACAUAAACGACAGCGAUAGGUAUCACAAUAAACAACAUAACAAAAACACGCACAAACGUGAUAAAAAUACAAUGAGAGUAAUUCAUCAUCAUCAGCUACAGCAGCCACAACAGCAAAAACAUGAACAACGCCAAGAAUUAGGAAAAGUAACACAUACACCGAAAGCAAUAGAAAAUGCCAAUAAAACAAAACAGCAAAGAGUGAGCUUAGAAAAAAACAAGCAACAGAAACGUGUGACAAAACGAGAUGUUGCUGCAAUAGCUUUAGAGAAAAAUCAAAAACUUCCAUUAAUACAUCAGGAACAUGAAUCUGACGAUGAAUCUGAAAAUGCUUCAAGCCUACAAAGGCGAAAUUUAAAUGACAAAGCUAAUGAAAAUUAUGGCUUACAAAAUAGUGUAGCAAAUAAUAAUACAAACAUUAAAUGUGAUCAUCAUUAUCACACUUAUCAGAAAAACAUCAAGCGCUCGGUUACGAAAAACAAAUUGCAUAAUGACAAAAGACGUAUACGCAAAUCUCUAACUCAAAAAGAGCGUUAUUUUAUCAAAAUAAGUAGCAACAACACACUGCAUACCAAUAAUACUUCCAGCAACUACAACAAUUUACAUUUACAGUUUAAUGAAUCAACAAUAUCAAACCCUAGCAAUAGUAUAAAUAGACAAUCAAAGAUACUACCCCCAAAUAAACCAGAAAUCACCAAUAAACCUUUGCAACAGCAAGAAAAUCAAAAGCAAAAAUUACUAAAACAGGUGGAGACCUCUUUACAACCUCUAAAAUCCUUAUCUUACGAAGACUCCAGUAAAGACACAUCAUCAGACUCAUUAACAGCCCACACCGCAGCUAUAGCAUCGUCAUAUCAAAAUGAAGAUGAGGACGUUGAGGUAGGAGAUGAUGAGAAUGAAGCUGAUAGUGAUGACGAUGAACAACAAUUGGAAAAUUUAGAAAUAUUCGAAAAUAACAACUCAAUAUACAAUCAAGCCAACAAAAAUAACUACACUGAUGAAUUAACAGCCUUAGAAGAAGACGAAGAUGACGAUGAUGAAGAUAAUGGGAGUACAACAAAUUUGGAAGAUGACGAUUUAGAUGAGGUGGAAGAGGAAGAAGAUGAGGAUGAUGCUGACUUAUUAGCCGAAAUGGUUGAUGAUUAUUCAUUAAAUGAUUCAAAAGUCUUGGAUGAAGUUAUUUCAACAAUAGACAAUGCUUUACAAACACAAAUGACUUACAAUACAACUGAACAAUAUCCAACAGCAACACUUACACAACAGCGAAAUCAAUACAGCAAGAUACCACAACACUCCAAUAAUAAGCCAGGAAAUGUCGAUGAAGUUCGCCACAAUAAUGAAAUCAACAGAAACCAUAUCGAUGAUAAUACUUUAGGUAAUAAUCAUGUUGAUAACGAUGAAAAUGGCAAUGACGAUAUUGAAGAUGAUGACGACGAGGAUGCUAAUAAUGAACCGCAUUUUGAUUAUUCACGUAUGGAAUAUAAUUUCCAUAAUGGCAUUGCCACCCACAGUCUUAUUAGUCCGUAUGGUUCUUCAGACCUAGGCAAUAAUGGUUACAAUAAUGGUGGAGUAUCUGGUGGUGGUAUUGCCAGUAUUUUAGGUGGAACUGGUGGAGGUGGCACUAUUAAUUUUGAUAAUUAUGAUAAUAUUAUUUAUUCGACAAUGGAAUUGGAAUGUAUGCCAGGGUAUGAUGGUGGUCUGCAGCAGCAAUUCUAUUUGGAAGCAUAUGAUUCGAAGACAAAGAAAUUGCGCUUAAAUACAUCCAGCACAUAUGCAGAUGUGCCAAUAUUUCGUGUGGACUUAAGUGAUUUAACACCCAUGGACUAUUACCCAGAUCCAAAUCCAGCCUUACAUCUUGUUGUCUACAGUGUUAAUCAAAAAGGACGCUCAGAGGCAAUUGUUUUAGAAAACAUACCAAUUAAUGAGGCAGAAAAACGUUCCGAUGGUCGUAUGGGUUUGUCCAUUUUACCUAUUGCUGCUCUUUUAACUGGUACACUAUUUACUGUAGGCAUAGCUGUACUAUUUAUUGUUGUAGUUGCUGUACGAAAGAGGCGUUGUCAGGGUGGUCGUAAUAUGUGUGAUGACAAGGACAAACAUUUAGGCAUGGAUGUUACCGUCACAGCCCCUCUAGAGACUGGACCGGGUCACCAACGUUUAGUUGUGGCGUAUACUCUAAAACAAGGCAUCGAAAAGCAACCGGAUAUAUUGAGCGCUCAAAAAAAUGCAACUGGUAGUGCAACAUCAUCGCCAUUAGGAAAUCGACCAAGUGGCAUAUUUAUAGAUACCAAUACCAGCAAUGGUGGCGUGGGCUCAAAAGCAACAAAUUAUGCCAAUACUAAUGGUGCUGUGGGUGGCGCGGGUAAUAAUUCAUCAACAGGAAACUAUGAUUCACCUUCGCUGAACUACACUGACAACAGUUCCGAUCCUUUGCAACAGCAACUUAACAGCCCUCCCUCACAAUCGAGUACCCUUAAGCUAGGGCAAGAUUCUAGAAAACCAUAUCAAACGCCUCCACUUUUAUACGAUGCGCUUAAUCGCCAUGAUAUAUCACGCUAUGAUCCCCUUCCCUUAAGUAUGAAUUAUGGCGGCAGUAAUAGUACAUUAAGUUCUGGUGGUAGCGCUGGCAAUAAUUCACUCACCAACAAUACCACAGCCACAGCAUCAUCUGUAAUGCAAAACAAUUUGACCAAUGGUCACUAUACAAAUCAUCAUACAUUGCCACAUUCAAGUACGGCAUUACAACAACAUCAAAUGCCAUCUACUCAUCAUACUUUAGGUCCUGAGAAACUAUCCAUUGCUGAUUACCUCACUGCCAGCAGUUUAAUUGACUAUAAUCUAAGUAAAUCAGCAACGGGGAUGUUAGCGAAUGCUAUGGUUGGUCCCGGUUGUGGUGUUGGUGGUGCGGGAGGUGUUUCAACAAAUCCUUCGUCAUCCUCGGCUACAACAGCCAGCACUAUGGGUCAUAUGACCUUACCCAAAGGUUUAGGUUUAGGUUCUAUAAUAGGUGUUAAUAAUAGCUCAGCCACUGUACCCACAUCGACUCUUACACCUUCAGCUUCCUCAAAUUUAUCGAUGACACAAAAAUCUACAGCUAAUCGUAAUCAUAUUAUAACAGAUACCCUACCGGGUCCUGAAAGUUGUGUUUAAAUUUAAAUUUAGAGUUUUAACAUAAAAAUUAUUAACAGAAAAUACUUAAUCAUAAUUGUAUAUAAAAGAAAUUUUUAAAAAAAGACUGCAAUAAACUAAAUAAUUAAAAAGAAAAAUAUAUAUAUGAACUAAAAAAGAAACUCUUAAAAAAGAACAAAAAAUACAAUAUAAAGAAAUAUAUAAAAAGUACAUUAGUUGAAUGCAUUUUUAUGUAAAGGAAACUUAAUAUUCCUAUUAAAAUGGUAGUUUUUUAAUUAUGAAAAGAAAGUAAAAUACACAAAUACAAAAGAAAACAAUACUUAAAAUGAUCUUAUUUAAUACUAAAAUAAAUAUUUAUGAAAAAAUUUUAACAAAAAAUUAACCCAGUAGGAUAUUUUAUGUUAUCCGUUUGACGUAAAUAUUUAGUAAAUUUUAGAUUUUUUAUCAUAAAAUGAUUUAAUAAAAGUUUUAAAUUUUUCGAGGAUUCACAACUAUAUCUAGGUGAUAACCAAAGCCUUAAUGUGAUCAAUUCAAAGACACACAAAAGCCUAUAUGGGCUAAGCUUAUCAAUAUUACUAUAACGCAUUUCAGCUUCCAGUAGAAGGUAAAAAUUGCAAGGAAGGUAAUAAACGUUAUUUGUCAGCCUUAACCAAUCUUCAGAAUUACCAAAUAAAUCCUACUGGGUUGAAUUUUGUUUCAUUUACACCUAAGUUCCAUACACAAUUACACAAACAGAUAUGACAUAAAAUGAAAAUAUAAAGUUUAUUAAAAUCUAACUUAAAUUAUAAAAUAGAGAGUUGAAUAACGAACUAAAAAUUAAAGACAAAUAUGAAAAUAAAAAAAAAAACAAAUUAUAUAAAAAUAUUAAAAAAUGUGUAACUAUAUGAAGUAAUGUGAAUAUAAUGAGAAUUUUUUAUUUGAUUUUUAGUUUUGAAACAUCAAUACAUACAUAUGUUAAAUAUUAUAUAGUCUAUAUAAAUUAGUUGAAUGUUAGUAAGAUAAAUGAAACCCCUAAAGGAAAAUAAAUAGUAAAUAAAUAAAUUUUAUUAUUAUGGUUUAAAAAAUAAAAGAACAAAAACAAAUAAUAAAUAAAUAAAAUAUUUAAAGAAAGAGAACAAUACAAAAUUGAUUUUAAUUUGUACAAAUAUCCAGAAUUACAAAAGGAAAAUAAACUAUUUAAACUUCCCUCCCUAAAAAGCAAAAAGGAUUACGAAUACAAAAACAAAUUGUUUAAAAGCAAAAAACAUAUACAUAUAAAUUCUUAGUUUAAGUAAAAAUUUAAGUAAAAGUAUUUGUACUUAAAUGUAAGAAUAACUUUCUCUCUUUAUAUGUUUGUUGUAAUAACAUAUCUCUAAGUUGUGAACAAAAAAAAAUAUUGUAAUAUUAAAUAUUAUAAAUAUUUAUAUAAAUAAAUACUAUGUAUAUACAAAAAGAAAUACAAAUAAGUAUACAUACAUGUAUACAAAAAAAAACAUACCUAUCAACAUAUCCUUAGGUCAUAUCCAUUUAUUUCUUAAUUCCUUAUCAAUUUUCAAUACUUAACUUUACAUUUUGAGUGUAUGUAUUUUGUAUUCAUUUUACAAGUUUUCUUGUUAAUUUUUGAAAUGUUCUUUUUAAAUUGAACUAAAAUAAAUAAUAAAUACAUAAAUGAAUAAAACAAGGCCUGAUUUUAUAUACCUCUUAAUUGUAAAAAAAAAACUUAAAAUAAUCCUUUAAUAUUAUCCUCUUUUAAAUCUAAACAAUUGAUACUUUUGUUCAAUAUAUCUUAAACAAAAACUGCCUACAGCUAUUUUUUUUAUUCUCUUGUUCUUAUUUAAAAACAAUAUUAUAUAAAUUUUAAGCAGAAAUUCUUUUAAGCAAAUUAUUUCAUGUAUUUUUAAUCUUAGUUAUUGCAAAACAAAAACACUUUUACUGCCCAAUUUAUAUGGAACUUUAUGGGGUAUUUGAUUUUCUUUCUUAUGUCCAAUGCCAAACGUCAUAUUCGUAAUUUCAAUGAAGGUUGUAAAAUUUUCAUAAAUUUAAACAAAUCAGUAAAAAAUGUACAAUUACAGAAAAAGUCUCUUAACUACAACUAUCCUUUUUACACGAUCGCCGUUAGAAAUGAUGUCGGUUUGAGGCGACAUAAUCAAUAACAUUAUUUAUGAACAGUGGUCAACUAUAAUGAUUUUUUGUUUACGAUUAAUAUCGUGUUGUGAAAUCAUAAUCAAUUAUGUAUAAUAACAUAUUUCGUUAGUAUUGCAAAUUUAGUCUAUUAAUUGUCUUAAUUGAUAUAACAAUCACUAUGUAAAAUCAUGUUAAGUGAGCAACGAUAUACGUAUUAACACAAUUUCUUCCAUAUUAAGUUAAAAUGACAAAUAUUUUAAGAUAUUGUUCUUCCAAAAAUUACAUGUAAAGUAAAAUUUCCUUUUGUAUAUACAAAAAAAUUCUUGAGUGUAUGAAAAAGGUUAUUAAUUUUACCCUCUUUAUACCAUAGAUACUCAUUUGUGUACUUUAGCUAAUUUCGUUUUUUAAAUUGUUAUUUCUUAUUCUUCCAGUCAAAGUUGGAAAAUUUAUUUCCUUAAUCUCAUAUCUUACUUGAAAAAUUCGAUAAAAGUUUAAUUAUUUUAGAAGGAUACUUAAUAAACUAGAAAAAAAAACUAUGUGCGGAUUUGACAUCUUUAAAUUUAAUGAUAUUUUCUAUUUUUUUUAUUUUUUUGGUUUGAGAAUGCUUUGCUAAAUAAAAUAUAAAACGUUCACUGCAAUUAAAAAAAUGUAACGUUGGGCAUGGACGACCAUAUUAUCCAUACACCAUUGUGUAGUAUAUAAAAAAAUUUAAGACUUUUAUAAAACUAUGUUUUUCCGAUUUUUGUAGAAAUACAAGAAAAUUUGACACAAUUACGAGCUCAAAAGUGCUAUUCAGUUGUAUGGGGGCUAGUUUAAAUAAUCAACCGAUUUCUACCAUUUUUAUUCAAGUUCGUCUUCGGACGGCUCAGUUACCAUAGACUUAGAAAAUUAAUCUGAGCUGAUUUUUAUACUUGAAGGUGAGUGUAGGACUAAUAUUUUUGAACACAAACGUUAUAUCUUCUCUAUAUUGGUGUAGGGUAUAAAAAUAGCGUACACAUUUUUGAUAAAGAUUUUAUCUAUCAUUUUAAUGAAAAUCAUGUUCGCGAGUCGUUUUGUAAUGAAAAUCAUGUUCGCGAGUCGUUUUGUAAACAUCAGAAAAUAUCAUAAGUAGAUAAGAGAUAACUAAAUUAAAAUUUAAAAAAUGUUUGUAGACUAAAAAAUAUGUAUUUUAAUGAUAUUUGUUUUGAUUUUAUGCUUUUAAGAAAAUACUAUUGUUUAAAAAUUCUUAGCAAUAUUUUAAAUACAUUGAAAAUAUUUUCAAAAACACAUCGUUUGAGAGGUAUUUCCAGAGAAAAGUAGAUCAUGGGACACCCUAACAAAAUGUAUUAAAAAGUAAAGAAUUUAUAAAAUCUAAAGUAAAAUAAUUACCUCUUGCAGUUACAAAUUUUUUAAAUCACAAUUAAAACUAUAUUUUAUUAUUUAAUUCAAAUAAGUGCUAUGUUAGCAAAUUAAGUCCGAUAAAAGGAAAAUAAAUAUUCUCUUUAAAAACCUUCUUUCCAGGGACUGUAACAGUUAUGUGUUAUAUCAGAAAAGUCAAUUUAUAACAGUUAUUAAAAAAAAUUUUUCAAUCUAAAAAUAAAUAUUCAAAUGAAAUUUAAAAAAAAAGAGUUUUAUUUUUCCGUCAUAAAAUAAAAAUUAUUUGAGGAGUUUUUUCCGUCAGAAAAUAAAACUUAUUUUCAAUAAUAAUGGCUUCCGAAGAAAGGAACUCCCCAAAUAAUUCUUAUUUUGUGACAGAUAAAUAAAAUUCAUUUCUUAACUGUUUCAAUAAGACUUUUAUUUUCCCGGUAAAAAAUAAGUGUUAUUUGUGGAGCUAAGUUCGUUUUUUUUUAAAUCACAUAAAUCAUAAAUUCUGAAAGAGCACUUCAAUACGAGUAUAUUGGUAUAUAAUAGUAUAGGUAUUGGUUGACUCCAACAUAGAGAUUUUUUUUUUUGGGUUAAAAUUUUCAGAAUAACAGUUAUUUACAGUACCUGCUUUUUUCACAUACAUACAUAUUCUCUAUCCGAAAACACUUUCGAUUUUAACAACAAUUAUUUAAUAAAUUUAUUACAAAAGUUCUUCAUAACCAACAUAUUUGUCUAUCGAAGCCAUUUUACAAAAUAUAUAAUAUUAUUGGUAAAGUAAAAAAUACAUAAUAGGAAUGAGAAAAGAAUAUGGAAUCAACAAUUGUAUUGAAAAAAUUGUUGUAAGUAUGUAUAUUGUUAUACGUAAAGGUCAAGCCAUCAUAAAAUUCAAAAUGCAUAUGAAAAUGUGAAUUUUAUGUACCCCUCAAAAACAAGCAUAGUCAGGCAGCAAACAAAAAGUAAUAAAAAUAUGAAAAAAGUCAUCACAAGUACAAAGAAAUGGAAAAGUACAUACGCAGAACAAUGAAAAAAUGUUAACGAUUUAACUACAAAAAAGUCCAUUUAACAUGAGUAGUCAAUGUUCAAUUUUGCUCGAAAUAAAAUGAAAUUCAAACAAAUGGGUGAGUGUAGGCUAUAGUCCACUACUUAUGACAAUAUCUUCAUAAACUUUAUAACAGAAUGAAGGCUUAAAAAAUUGGCGCAACUUAUACAAAAAAAAAUAUAUAGAGAAAAAAUCAACAUAAAAAUCAUGACAAUAAAUGCAAAACUUUUGAAUAUGCGAGUAAAGUGAUUUAUUUGAUUUAAUUCGUUUAAAUUGUAGUAAAUGGUAAUUUGAUUACAACAACAUAUGUGUGUACUUAUUUAAGUCUAUACAAACUCAUACAUGUACAUGUUGUUCAUUUAUUGAAUAAAAUGAAAAAAAUAUUUUACAUUUCUCUGAAAAACAUUUGAUUUGAACAUUAUGUUUUUCAAAAAAAGAAAUUAUAAAUUGUAUUUUCAUAAUUGUGUCAUAAAAUUUAUAAAAUUUGUAUUUAUUAUUUAUUUUAUAAUUAUUAUCCUUACACAUAAUACUGUUUACUGUUCUUUGAAAACCUAAUUUUAUUAUUUACAUAUAGUUCAAUACAAAUAUAGAUGUCACAUAUACAUAGUACAUACAUACAUACAUAAAUAUAUACGUAGAUAAACCAUUAAAAUUAAAUCAUUAUAAUUAGUGCAAUAAUCGUAACUUAACAUGUACUUAUGUAUGUAAGUCAGUUUGUUUAUAAUUUUCUUUUAAAAUAUUUUACUUAAUAUAGGUAAUUAAAAA